UAAUUUUGAGUCAGAAAAUUGCUUGAUAAUUCUUGAAAACUUAAUAUAAUUAAGAAAAUAAUGUCAACAGACACACAUAGAGAGGCAAUUCAAAGGCAGAUCCAUCAGGAUUGGGCCAACCGAGAAUAUGUAGAAGUUAUAGUUAAUUCUAUAAAGAAAAUCACGGCAUUUUUGAAUUCUUUUGACAUGUCAUGUCGCUCGAGAUUAGCAGUAUUAAAUGAAAAACUAACGCUUUUAGAGCGAAAAAUCGACCAUCUUGAAGCAUGUAUCAACAAGGAAGACUCAAUCGUGCGACCCUAAACAUCCCAUUUGAAUCAUAAUUUUUUUAAAAUGCAUUAUAAUUUAAGAAUUGUCAAAUAAUGAAGUCUUGUAUCCAAAUAAGUUAUUUCCAAUAUACAUAUUAAGUAACGUAAAUUUUAUUAUUCAAUAUUUAAAAUACAUUAAGCAACAUUAAAUAAAGCAAAUCAUUUAAGGAUAGAAACUAAAU